AUGCUCGUAUAUGACGUUAUUCUACGUAUUAUUGCAUUGUCUUAUUAUCUUCUUUUUGGACGCGUUGGAGAUGUAGUGCUCCUUUUUAGUUCAUUCCUCUGGGUCAGAGGUUUUGUCAUCUUUGAUUCCUUGAAGAUUAACUAUGCCCUGAUAUGUCUAGGGGCCAUAGCAGUGGUCACAACCUCUUUCACUUAUCGCAUAUACGUACAACAUCGUAGCCAAGAUGUACGUUUAUCUGUACCAUGGAACGGUCCAGGGCGGCCUCUGUUGUUCCCUUGUCGGACUACGCAUACCAGGUUAUUUCCCAAGAAACACACCUUCUCUUAUUCGUAUCUCCUUGUUGGGAUACCCGUCGGUUGGACAGGUGUCGCAGGCGGCAUGAUAUCAAAUGACGAGUAUAAAAUGGGAGUUGGGGGUUGGUACAAGGUUGAUGCUUCGGAUUACCUAGAUAGGGGAAACGGACACCUCGGGUUAAGGGGUAAGCUGGAUACUUACCUCAAAUCCCAAGACAUCGAUGCUUCCAAAUAUCCACGCGCGUAUUUGGUAACUGCUGCGAAAUUCAUGGGUUAUCAUUUCAAUCCCGUUUCCUUUUGGUAUCUUUAUUCUGCCGAUAAGCACCUGGCAGCAGUAAUCCUUGAAGUUAAUAACACGUUCGACGAGAAACGGAUGUACUUCUUAGCGGCAGACAAUGCAAUAGAAUCAAUAGAGCCAACUGGUGAUAAUUCCUUAGAAGAAGUCGCAUCAACUCGGAAAUCCAAUGGCUCGAAGCCCUUGAAACGAACUUGGCCAAAAGACUUCCACGUAUCCCCCUUUAAUUCUAGAAAGGGCGCAUACUCGCUUGUUGCGCACGACCCUCUGUCCCCAAAUAUGGAUGGGCAAGGUCCGAUCAAUAAUACGAUAAAUCUAAUGUCUUCCAAGAAAUACGCGAAACUGGUUGCCCGUAUCUUCUCAGAAGCCGAUGCCAUCGAUCCUACUAGGAUGACUUCCUUCCAGAAACUCAAGUUCUUGACUUCAUGGUGGUGGGUUGGCUUCGUCACUUUUCCUAGAAUUGUGAAAGAAGCUACAUCCCUAUUCUUUCAAAGGAAGCUCUAUGUUUGGUAUCGACCAGAGCCGCUCAAAACAAGCAUUGGUCGACAUGCCGACAAGAUAGAAUCCCAACUGGAGCCUUUUUUUAGGAAGUAUCUGAGAUAUUUAGUCGAACAGUCAUCCGAACUGCUGGUUGUGCAAUAUAUCCCAUGUGGUGUUGCAGACGCACAUAUUGAGACUAUGGGAUCAACGACUGCGAAGGAGAGCCCCGACAGUACUAAGAUGGAGCUCAAAGUCUUGACACCCGCAUUUUAUUCAAGAUUCGUAUACUACGCUCACGAUUUCGAAGCUAUAUUUUGUGAGCUGAGCGAGAGUAAUACUAUAUGGGUGUCAAAUCCUAAACUGUUGCCAAAGCUAUUCGUGAAGAAACAACCACCGUCUCUUUUUCAAAUAACAAGUUAUUUAGACUAUGGCUAUUUUACAGCUAUCAAAAAGCUGAGGCAGAGACCCGACCGAAUUGAACGACCACUGACUUCGAGUCAGAUCAGCUCAACUACCCAGUCUCAAAAGGAUAUCAGGGGGUUCCGACUUUCAUCCAUGGAUGGAUAUGUUUUAGCCCACGAGGAUGAAAAAUGCCGACGAGUUUACAGGAACUCUGUAUUGACGUUGUUCAUGGCUGAUAGAAUUGCCAUGGGUAGUGUGAAUAUCCUUCAGCUUGAACAUUGGGUCCUCAGAUUGAUAUUAGUUUGGACUGUAAUAUCUUAA